AUAUUAUGUAUAGUGCGUGGAUAAUGCAUAAUCAUCAUCUGAAGUCCAUUAUGAUGUUCCAUUAGAAUUAAGAAUUGAACAAGCAGCCAAAGUUGAUGUUAUUUACCAUUUUUAUUUUUUUGUCUCAAAGUUUGUGGGUUAUCUUCUUCCUGUUCUCUUAUCCUGAAAUUUACCCAUUUUCUUAUGUACUGUCCUUGCAUGUCAAAUCAUUUUUCUGAUGGCCCUUUUUGUUUAAUUCUAUCUGGGAUUCUCUAUUUCUUGUAGAAUAUUCUGUUUGAUGAUAAAGUGACGAUCUUGGAGUUGCUGGAGAGUUUGGAAACGACGCUUUCGAUCGCCGGGAUGCAAAACAAUGACGACAACCGUACAAUUCGGAGGAGACCGGCCGCCGCUGUUGAGAAAAUACCGGAGGCCGAUUUUAACACGGUAAAUGAAGACUCGGAGAGUAUUGAUGAGAUCAGAAAUGGCUAUGGAGGUGUUGUGGAAUCGGAGGAGAGUGAAAAUUCGAAUAAAUUUGAGAGUGAAGAGUUGAUAAAUAACAGGGAGAUGGAGGAUAAAAAGAUCCAAGAGAAUGGAGAGAGUAGUAAAGGGAUGGAGGCAUCCGCCUUGAAAUUCUCUUACCGGCCAUCAGCACCAGCUCACCGAAGAAUUAAAGAGAGUCCUCUCAGCUCCGAUGCCAUCUUCAAACAGAGUCAUGCAGGUCUUCUCAACCUUUGCAUAGUGGUUCUUGUUGCUGUGAACAGCAGACUUAUUAUUGAAAAUUUAAUGAAGUAUGGCUGGUUAAUCAGGUCAGGCUUUUGGUUUAGUUCAAAGUCACUGAGGGAUUGGCCACUUCUAAUGUGCUGUCUGAGUCUCCCAAUUUUUCCACUUGCGGCUUUUCUUGUUGAGAAGAUGGUGAGACUUACGCAUAUAUCUGAACAUGUUGCUUUCUUUCUUCAUGUUAUAAUAACUACAGCAGAAAUCUUGUAUCCAGUUAUGGUAAUUCUUAGGUGUGACUCUGCUGUUCUAUCAGGUUUCACAUUAAUGCUCUUCACUUGCAUUGUGUGGUUAAAGUUGGUGUCUUAUGCACAUACGAAUUAUGAUAUGAGAGCACUGGCAAAGUCACUUGACAAGGGGGAAACCUUGUCCAGUUAUUGGAAUAUGGAUUACACUGACGAUGUGAGCUUUAAGAAUUUGGUAUACUUCAUGGUUGCCCCUACAUUAUGUUACCAGCCAAGCUAUCCCCGUACAGCUUGCAUCCGGAAGGGUUGGGUGGUACGCCAACUUAUUAAGUUGGUGAUAUUUACAGGAUUCAUGGGAUUUAUUAUAGAACAGUAUAUCAACCCUAUCGUGCAAAACUCUCAACAUCCUUUGAAAGGAAACCUUUUGUAUGCUAUAGAGAGGGUCUUGAAGCUUUCAGUCCCAAAUUUAUACGUGUGGCUCUGUAUGUUCUAUUGUUUUUUCCAUCUUUGGUACGUUCUUUCUUUCUCAAAUUAUAGAAAACUUUUCUUUUCACUUCAUAAUUUGGGAUUUUGCUUUAUGGAACUUCCUUGUCUCUUGUUUGAGCACCAUUGUUUCUUCAGAAUCUUAAAAUCACUUAUAAGCAGCUUGAAAACAAGAUUAUUGCCGAUUAUGGAUGUCCCAAGAACACACGGUUUGACCUUAUUUACAAUCGCAAUUGUUUUCAUUUACAACAACGGUGUCUGGUUCUACUGUCAAUUGAUUUUGAUGCAGGGAGGUGCGGUUUUGGUUUCCUUCCUCGUAUCUGCUAUUUUCCACGAGCUGUGUAUUGCUGUUCCUUGCCACAUGUUCAAGUUGUGGGCAUUCAUUGGAAUUAUGUUUCAGGUUCCUCUGGUUAUUGUAACAAAUUAUUUGCAGAACAAGUUCAAAAAUUCAAUGGUGGGAAACAUGGUGUUCUGGUGCUUUUUCUGCAUUGUUGGCCAACCUAUGUGUGUACUGCUAUAUUACCAUGACAUGAUAAAUAGAAAAACUGACGUGAACUGACAGCUCCAACAAUCCGAAUUGCCCCAACUCCGCCGGCUUCCUGUAAGCGCCUUAUUCCUUCUUCGGUCGAUACCUUCUUGAUUGUACUUCAUCUAAACAUGUAUAUUCACGACUUCAUUCAACAAGAAAUAAGAGAUUCAUCUCUACUAUGUAGUCAAUGACGACCAUUUACUUUACGGCAAGUUUUUUGUUCAAUAUUAGUAGUAAUGAUUGUACUUGUACUGUGAAUAUUGUCAUGUAAAGCGUAUACUGUCGAUAGGUAGAUUGUAUAUUAGUUUGAAAUCUGAAGUUGCUAAUAAAUAUAUUAUGUAUAGGACCACUUAGUACACUUCUUAAUUUUAUACAAUAUCGAUGUCUUCAUAUUCCA